AUGGUGCUGCAUCGUCACAUCCAAAAAGAUGCAGUCUUUUCCUUGAAAAUCAUCACCACAAAAUUACAUCAAUCUGCCAUUACAAGCUGCUAUGUCUUAGUUCGCCAUUUUCGCGAGUUUUUGAAGAUACCCAUAUCGGAUUUUACCAGUGAAAGAAAGAAAAGGAAAAUGAGGCAGAAGAAAGUUACAGCAGUUCAGAAGCUUUAUGAUACGUGCACUGAGGUCUUCGCCGAUUGUGGCCCUGGAGUUAUCCCGAAUGCUGAGGGCAUCGAACGCCUAAAAGAUAUUUUAAAUGGGAUGACUGAAGUUGAUGUUGGUGUAAGGCCUAACAUGCCCUAUUUCAAGCUUAAAGAAAUCGGAGGAUUUCCUAAAAUCACAUACUUACACCUUUGUGAAUGUGACAAAUUUUCGAUUGGAAUCUUCCUACUGCCUCCAUCGGGUGUCCUCCCUCUCCAUAACCAUCCUCAGAUGACUGUUUUCAGUAAGCUUCUGUUUGGAACCAUGCAUAUAAAAGCAUACGAUUGGGUUGAUGAUGCUGCUUUAAUCUCUACUCCUAAACCCGAUUCUUCAGAAGGUGAAACAGGAGUUCGUUUGGCUAAACUGAAAGUCAACUCUGAAUUCACUGCUCCAUGCAACGCAUCCAUUCUGUAUCCAACUGAUGGUGGAAACAUGCAUUGUUUCACUGCAAUGACGUCAUGUGCAGUUCUUGAUGUUCUGGGCCCACCAUAUUGUGAUCCUGAAGGCAGACAUUGCCAAUACUAUCGGGCUCAUCCUUUUAUGGAUUUAUCAGAUGAUGAGAAAAAGUUACCAGAGGGAGAGAAGAUAGAAAGCUAUGCAUGGCUGGAGGAGAUAGAUAAACCAAAAGGCUUGUCUGUGAUUGGAGCAAUGUGGUUCUGGACUUAUACCUUGAAGAUGAUGUAUAUAAUUGAGCAUAACCAUAGAAAAGGAAAAUGGCGACGCACGGAGGGCAAAGGUUCCUCGAUACCACCGCCGACGGCUGAUCAUCGUCUUCCGGUUCACUUCCGUCUUCAGCACCCCAACCUCUUCUCGUCCUAUCUCCGAGGCUGCAAGUUUUCUCCAUCACUUUAUCCUUCCAAUUGUCAUCUGACAAAGAUGUCAACACCAGCAAGAAAGAGAUUAAUGAGGGAUUUUAAGAGGUUGCAGCAAGAUCCUCCUGCUGGAAUCAGUGGUGCCCCAUAUGAUAACAAUAUAAUGCUCUGGAAUGCUGUAAUAUUUGGUCCGGAUGACACUCCUUGGGAUGGAGGUACGUUCAAGCUGACACUUCAGUUUUCUGAAGAUUAUCCAAAUAAACCACCAACAGUGCGAUUCAUUUCUCGAAUGUUUCAUCCAAACAUUUAUGCUGAUGGAAGUAUAUGCUUGGACAUCCUUCAAAAUCAGUGGAGUCCAAUCUAUGAUGUUGCUGCUAUUCUCACAUCAAUUCAGUCGUUGCUGUGUGAUCCAAACCCAAACUCUCCAGCCAACUCAGAAGCAGCACGGCUGUUUAGUGAGAAUAAGCGCGAGUAUAACAGAAAAAUAGAUUCUGCAGCUAAUGCUGAUAUUGUUUCUCCUGUUGAUUUUUCUGAAGGUUAUGGGAGGAUGUUUGGUAUUAACAACUCCGAAGAAGAGCUUGCUCACCCACCGGGAUUUUCAAAACAAAGAAUCUCUUUUAUGGGUAAUAAUUAG